GUAGACAUUAUGUGGGCGUGGUUUUUGGAGGUGUGUCUGUGAUCCAACAACAUUUCAACACAAAGAAGUGAAUACACACGAGGCUUCACAGUUCAAGCUAAUCUUUUGUGGGCACUUCUUGGCACCCCAUCUGUCAUAUAAUACGUCUAUCAAUGGACCUAGAUGAGUUACUUGAGGACCUGCAAGCUGCCUUGCCACCGGAGCAGCCAGCUAUGGUCCCCAGACCACCCUCCAACAACUCCAGGUCUGGUUCCAGGCAGGGGGUCAACGGUGCUAUGUCCCCACUCGAUCACUUGAGUGACUUACAUCUGAGUGAUGAGCCGGAGCGAGCCUCCAUCACAAGCUCUUCCAUCGUUGUCCGAUACUCUGAUAAAAAAGGAGGACAAGGCGAACCAUUUGACGAUGUCCAGUACAGUGAAGUAAAGAAGGGUCCGCUCUACAAAGCCAAGUCCUCCACUUCCUCCACACCUCCACCCCUCCCAGACCACACCCUCUCAUCACCCCCUCCCCCAGUGGACGAGGGUAGUCUAUCAGAGCUCGACAACUUGCUGGCCAUGCUCAACGACACACAGAAGGACAUCCAGGAAGCUGAGCAACUACCCAAGGCUGUUAAAUCUGAUGCCCCGGCUGCUCGACCAUCCGUGACAGACCUUAUUGAUGAGCUGAGUGAGGUGGAGGAUCAGGUGGGCGGGGGAAGACCCAUAGAGAGAGAUGCGACAGAUAGUGGCAGCAAGCGUAUCAACAUCACGGCAUCUACUGCAACCAUGGAACUGGAUGAACUCAUGCAAAACUUGUCAAAGUUCGAGCCGAAUGAUGCCGGCGCUAACAGCAGGGUUGGUGGAAGUGAAGCUAUCCCCAAGUCUGCUAUGGAUGAUCUCAGCUCCAUGUUGGGCUCUCUAGAUCAAGAGAUGACUCAUCGCCACGGCGUCAGCACCACUGCAAAGGGUGUGUGUGCAGCAUGCAACAAACAGAUACUGGCCAAGGUUGUCAGUGCCCUGGGCAGACAAUGGCAUCCGGAGCAUUUCACGUGUGCUGUAUGUGAGAUGGAACUAGGUCAUGUGACCUAUUAUGAGUCCGAUGGCCGUCCUUAUUGUGAGAAGGACUACCAUGAGCUGUUUGCACCUCGCUGUGCCUACUGCAAUGGCCCUAUUCUUGAGCGAGUGAUGCGUGCCCUGGACAAGACCUGGCACCCGGAGCAUUUCUUCUGCACGUUGUGUGGGAAGCACUUUGGACCCGAGGGAUUCCACGAGAAAGACUCCAAGGCAUUUUGUCGGGAGUGCUAUUAUGAGAAGUAUGCUCCUCGUUGCAAGAGGUGUGAUAGAUCCAUCAUGGAGGGCUUCAUCACGGCCAUGAAUGCACAGUGGCAUCCAGAGUGCUUCUCCUGCAAGGUGUGCCAGGUGACGUUUCCUCGUGGCAACUACUUCGAGCACGAGGGGGAGCCCCACUGUGAGAUCCAUUAUCAUGCCUCCAGGGGAACACUCUGUGCCAGCUGUCAGAAACCCGUCACUGGUAAGUGUAUCACGGCGAUGGGCAAGAAAUGGCACCCUGAGCACUUCACCUGUGCCUUCUGCCUCAAGCCUCAACAAGGGGACCUUCAAGGAGCAUCGUCACAACCCCUACUGCCAGCCUUGCUUCAUCAAGCUCUUUGGCUGAGCCACUCGCUUGUACAUGUGACUAUCAUGUGACUGAAUUAACUGUGUAUAUAGUUGUAUUUUAGGAUAGUUUAAACCUCACACCUUGAUUGCUUUAUGGUGUUGUACAUGUACAUGCUCUCAAAUACCAUUUUAUUGUCUAGUUUUAUUAA